AUGGCUGGUCUUUCUAACAGAACUCGUAGCAAGAAUGUUCCAUUGUUUGGUAGCAUUUCUCAUGAUGUGUCAUUUUAUUCGAAACCAAAGCGGCGAAAGAGUGAUGAAGAUGAUAAAGGUAUGAACUAUGUUUCUGGCAGAACUCGUAGCAAAAAUGUGCCAUUGUUUGGUUCUCUUUCUGUUGGUGUUUCUUGUUCUAAGAAAAGGAAGGUAAAUGAAAAACCUUUUGUUAUUUCUAUCGAUGAUUAUGAUGAUGAAGAUGUGAAGAUGUUUGAUGCUAAAGAGGGAAACUUUGUUGAGAAAAAAUGUGGUUUGGAUGAAGAUAACCCGAUUUCAAUAUGUUCUGAUGAGUAUAGUGAGAGUGAUGAAGAACACUCUGUUGGUUUUGGUGGUGAUAAUGAAGAAGAAGAAGAAAAAGAAGGUGAUGAUGUUAAAGAGGGAGUAAAAAAGGAUGAAAGUAAAGGUAGUGGAGGAAAUGGUGAUAUUGAUGUCAAAGAUGGGAGUAAAUGUGGUUUGGAAGAAGAUAACCCUAUUACAAUAGAUACAGAUGAAGACGGUGAAAGUGAUGAAGAAGAAGAACACUCUGUUGGUUCUGAUUCUGAUAAUGCUGCUGCUGCUGAUGAUGAUGAUGUUAACGAAGGAGUAAAAAGCGAUGAAAGUGGAGGAAUUGACGAGUUUGCUGAUAAAGAUUCUGAUGAGAGUGAGGAUGGUGAUUCUAGUGAUGAAGAUUUUAAAGUUGAGGAGCUGAAUGAGAUUUCUGACAAUGAUGAUGACAGUUCUUCUGACUCUCCUUAUGUUGACGAGAAGAAGGAGAAGAAAAAGGAUUAUAGAAAAGAUUUGAAUAUGGUGGAGAAGUUGAUUAGAGAGGUGAUGGAUAGACAAUGUGGAAUUUCUGAGAAGAAUAAUGAGAAUAGUCCAUCUUCCACAAGUACUGAUGAGUUGGAACAUGCAGAUCAUGCUAGUGUUUCCUCUAGUACCUAUGUGAAUGGAGUAUCAGAGGCGCUGAAAGCGAAGAGUGUUGAUGUGGAAGUGAAAAACAUCUCUGAUGAAAGCGUAAAUGUUGAAGCGAAUGCCAAAUCCAAAGAACAGAAGAAGGAAUCAGAUAAGCAGGGGGAAGAGAAUGAAGUGCUAUGGGAUGAAUUGGAUGCAGCCCUUAGAGAAUCAGAAGUGGUAUCUAAGAAUGAAAUGUCAGAGGGGAAAAAAGCAAAAAGUGUAAACGUUGCUAAAGUCGAAUUCAAAUCCAAAGUCAAAUACAAUGCCAAACCUAAUAACAGUGUCAAUGUUGCCGACUGUGAUAAAGGAAAAGAACAUUAUGUCAAAGGUUUAGAUGUUGGAGGAGUUUCGUUGAAUCAAACGAAGGAAUCGGAUAAAGAGAAAAUGAUGGAGAACAAAGGAAGGGACUAUAAAGGUAUAGCUAACAUCCCUAUUGUGAAGAAGAAGAAGGAAUCUAUUGAUAACAAUGGUUUGAAUCAAAGCUUCAAAAGCUCACUUUUUAUGCCGAAGGAGUUGGGUUUACUUGAACUGCUUGGUAAAUGCCUCUGGGACGACAAGAAUACUGUUAAGGAUGAUUCAAUUGUGUUGGAGAUGAAGGAUAUUGGCGUUGAUCUGCAAGAUAUGCAGAAACCACCGACUUGUGUUAAGACACCUCAUGAACGGAUAUGGAGCCUUAAAAAGGUGGAAAAGGUGCUAAAAACGAAGGAGCAGGAAGAGCAGGAACCGUUAUGGGAUGAAUUGGAUACAUCCCUUAGAGAAGAAGAUGCUGUAUCAAAGAUUGGAAAUUUUAGGACAAAUGAAGCUACACAAGAAACAAACGGAAAUCCAUCAUCUCGUUGUGAACAUGACACUUUGCUUGACGAACAGAUUGGUAUAUAUUGCAAAUUAUGUGGUGUGGUUAUUACUGAGAUCAAAGAUAUCUCACAACUAGUGUAUGAAAGAGCUUCGAAUGAAGGUUCUGGAAGAAGAGUUUCAUUUGAUGAUUCGGUCAAUCCCUCACUCUUUGAUGGCUCUCAGUUCAAUGUUUCUGAUGGUGAUUCAGAUGAUAAUUACUUUCAUAAAGAGGGCACAGUUUGGGACCUAAUUCCUGGUGUGAAACAAAAAUUAUAUCCUCAUCAACAAGAAGGCUUUGAAUUCAUUUGGAAAAACUUGGCAGGAAAUACCAAUCUUCGCAAGUUAAAGAAAGCCGUUCCUUGCAGGGAGGGUGGCUGCAUUAUUUCCCAUGCUCCUGGAACCGGAAAGACAAGGCUGACUGUAGUAUUUCUCAUGGCUUAUUUGAAAGUAUUCCCGAAAUGCUUGCCGGUUAUUGUUGCUCCUGCGAGUUUGUUACAUACUUGGGAAGAAGAGUUCAAAAAAUGGGACAUUCCAUUUCACAAUUUGAACAAUCCUGAGUUAUCUGGUAAAGUGCAUGAUGAUGUUGUUAAUUUGCUUAAUUGGUCUAAUUCACAGCAUAGUAUGGAUACAAUGCGGAUGGUGAAACUGAUUUCGUGGUACAAAGAAAAGAGCAUUCUUGGAAUCAGUUACAGUUUGUACAUGAAGCUAGCCGGAGGAGGAGGGGAAUCUGACGAUGAGAGAGGGGAGGAUGAGAAAAAGAAAAAACAAUCAAGUGUGGCGAAAAGAAAAGAAAUUAUGGGAAAUGUUCUACGUCAAAUUCCUGGUUUGUUGGUGCUUGACGAAGGACAUACGCCAAGAAACAAAAAAAGUGGUAUUUGGCAAGUUUUGUCGGAAGUUCAAACACGAAAGCGAAUCAUCCUUUCUGGAACUCCUUUCCAGAACAACUUCAUGGAACUAUACAACACUUUGAGCUUAGUGAAGCCUUCUUUUCCUAAUACGAUGCCACACGAGCUGAAAAUGUUUUGCCAGAAGAAGGACCAUAAAAAAGCAUCUAAAGAAUGGAUUUGGGAACCGGUUCCUGAGGAAAAGAUCAAGCAGUUAAAAUUGCUUAUGGAUCCCUUUGUUCAUGUUCACAAAGGCGCGAUCCUUCAAAAGAUGCUUCCCGGGUUAAGAAAAUGUGUGCUGCGUUUGAUGCCGGACAGCUUUCACAAGAAAAUUCUUGAGGGGAUUCAAAGUUCAAAGAAUACACUGAGCUUUGAUUUUAAGGAGACACGGGCAUCGGUCCAUCCGUCUCUUCUGCUCGAACGCGACCUUUUGGAAGAAGAGGAGUCUGUUCUCGACAAGGACCGGCUAGAGAAGCUUAGAUUGAACCCCUACGCAGGCGUCAAAACAAAGUUUUUGGUGGAGUUUGUUAGACUUUGUGCUGCUUUAAAUGAGAAAGUUCUCGUGUUCAGCCAAUUCCUCAGUCCUUUACGCUUAAUUAUAGAGCAGUUAUUAAACUCGUCUUUAAAAUGGACGAUGGAGAAGGAAGUCCUCUUCAUUUAUGGAGAGGUAAAGGACAGGAAGUCCUUAAUCGAUACCUUCAAUGAUGAAAACAGUCAAGCGAAGAUUCUCCUUGCAACGACAAAAACUUGUUCCGAGGGAAUCAGCUUGGUUGGAGCUUCAAGGGUUGUACUACUCGAUGUCGUAUGGAAUCCCUCUGUUGAAAAACAGGCAAUUAGUAGAGCUUAUAGAAUUGGGCAGAAGAAAGUUGUCUACACAUACCAUCUACUCACUGAAGGAACUAGAGAGUGCGAUAAAUUUCGCAAACAGGCCAAAAAGGACCGGUUAUCUGAACUAGUUUUUUCGGCUAAAAAUGACGAUAAUAAUGAGGAGUUGAGGAGCUGUGCAGCGAACAUUGAAGAUAGAAUUCUUGAUGAGAUGAUUCGGCAUGAAAAGCUCAAAGACAUGUUUUUUGAGUGUUUGGUACAACCGAAGGAGCGAGAAUUUGAGUCUUGGUAUUGA